CUGAUGAUUGACAGCAGUAGACGAAGGCUUCGGUUUACAAUUAACAUCAACCGACUGACGGCGACGAUCAACAUAGCAGACUCACUAACUCCAUUGGAGCCAGAAGACAUUUAAAGGGAAUGCGUUUCACUUUUAGUACUCAAAUUAUUAAAUUAUUUCUCCAGUACGAGAUCUAUUUUUACUGGAACAAAGGGAGAGUUACACGCCUCUGAAUUAAAUAACCCAGCAGCAGGCAGCGCGUUGGACAAACACAUGUUUGACGAAGAAAGGGCCGAGAGAUUGGCCAAGGUUCACAUAUUUCUGCAAAAGGCUUGAAUAAUGACAGUCCGUCAGCUGAAAGUGGCAGUAAUUGGAGCAGGGGCAAGUGGACUCUGUGCCGCUCGUCACCUUUUGGCUAAGCCGCACGUCUUCGCCCCCCCUGUGGUAUAUGAGCAGUCUGAUUGUGUUGGAGGCACUUGGGUUUACAACGAGAGAACGGGAAAUGAUGACUAUGGUCUGCCGAUCCAUUCCAGCAUGUACAGAGACCUAAGGACAAAUCUUCCAAAAGAGGUCAUGGGCUUCCCAGAUUUUCCAUUUGAAGCUCGCCCCCCCUCUUUCAUUCAUCACUCUGAUGUGAGAUCAUAUCUGGAAAAAUACACCGAUCGCUUUGAAAUUCGCCCACACAUAAAGUUUCUCACGUAUGUUGAACUAGUGAAUCCUGUUUCUGGACCUACUGGAGAUGUUCAGAGUUCAUGGGAAGUAACAUCUUUGAAUUUGAAGAGUCACAGCCGUAGUAUGGAGAGAUUUGAUUCAGUUAUUGUUUGUAAUGGCCACUAUUCCGAUCCUUUCAUCCCACACAUUCCUGAAAUCGAACAUUUCAAAGGACAGACGAUGCACAGUCAUGAGUUCAGGUUUGCUGAGCCUUUCACAGGGAAGAACCUGGUUCUGCUUGGUGCUGGUCCAUCUGGGAUUGACAUUGCACUGGAGUUGUGCUCAGUUGCCAAGCAAGUUGUCUUGAUACAUAAACAUUCAUUUAUAUCCUCACACUUGCCUCCAAAUUGCCUGUUACUCAAAGGUGUGAACAGAUUUUCGCAGACUGGUGUGAUUUGUAAUGAUGGAAUGGAAUAUCCUGCAGAUGUAUUCAUGUUUUGCACUGGUUAUAACUACUCUUUUCCUUUUCUUGCCAGGGAGGUGGGCUUAAAUAUCAAAGAUCAUAGAGUUACUCCACUUUACAAGCACAUCGUACACACGACCUUUCCAACUCUCUUAUUUAUUGGUUUAUGCAAAACUGUUUGCCCUUUUCCUUUGUUCCACUGUCAGGUCUUAUUUGCUUUAGCAACGUUAGAUGGUACCUGCAAACUACCACCUAAACCAGAUAUGGAUGCAGUCACAGAAUGCGAAUACAAAUCCUGUUUGCAAAAUGGAAUUUCUCACAGACACUUCCAUAAAUUGGAUAGUCUUCAGUGGAAUUAUAUUGAUGAGUUGGUCCAUUUAGCCAAGAGUGACCCUUUACCACCUGUUACAAAAGAUCUUUAUGAGGCAAACAAGGAAAUGAGAAAGCAAGACCUGUGCAAUUAUAAAAGGUUUAACUAUGAGAUAGUAAGUCCUGAUACAUGGAUAAAGGUGAACCCAAAACCAUUUUAAAAUUGACUGUUACUCAUUUAAUUUGUGUCAUCCACUUACCAAAGUUUGAUCCAUUCUGCAGAAGUCUUGCAACACAGAUUUUUCCUAUCAUUAGGAUGUGUGUAGAAAGUCAGGAAAAUUGGGAAGUGCAGAUAAAAUAUUGUAAGGGAGCCCAGUCAAGUUACUGUCAAUAGUUUCAAUACAUUAGAAAAUUAGGCAGGUCUUCUUACAUGUGUACCAUCCUUCCUAUCCAGUUAUUCUCUCCCCACUGCGAAAAAAAAAAGUGACCUGAUUCACUCAGUUAACCAAAUAUACAGUAGCUUUACUAACUGGAAAAUGUGCUGUGUGUGCAAAUGUAAACUAUUGUCAUAACAAUGUAGAUAAGGUCUUUGAAUUUCUGCACAAAAAUCAUGAGUUAUGGCAUUGCAUCAAUUUGUUUCUCCUUUGCUAAAAACUAUUUGCUAUUCUUGUUGCAAAAGUUUGGAAUAUAUUUUUCAAUCUUCAAGCAGAAUUAUGCUGACAUGGACCAAUGGUUGAGAAAUAUUUUAAGCAGAGGCCCAGAUAACAACAUUUGUGAAAGUAGCAAAGCAAUUCCAUUUCAAAAGAAAUAAGAGCGAUUUUCUUUAGAUCUUGUGACAAGAACAGCAAUCAAUCCUUUGUUAAAUGAACUGUCCUAUAAAGUAAAAGUAAACAAAGCUUAAAAAAAAAUCCAUUGGAUUUUAGUGAAAAGAGUAGUUAUCUGCUGGGGGUUUAUAUUCUAUGCCUUUAACACCAAUCCACACACUAAUAAAAAUCUCUGUAAACCAGCACCAUCAUCCUUUGAAGCCUUUAAGUACUAUGUAGGAUGGAAUAAUCUAUUUGGUUUUGAUUUGUACAUUAGCUAAAAUGUUUGUUGCUUCACCAAAUUUAGAGCCUCAGAUUGUUAAGAUGUACCCUAGAGGAAAGAAUAUUUCAUAUAUUCUCACGUUACCAUAUUUCUUACUUUAUUUCCUACACCAUAAAGAACUGGGAAUUCCACUUAAGAUACAAACUAAAGAUAUAGCAGUAGUACUUCCCUGGCUGAAAAGUAUACACAAUCAAAUGUAAUGUGCACAGGAUGAUUGUGAUAAUUAGCAUCACAACCUUGAAAUUAUUUGAGUAAAGAAUUAACAGUUGUAUACACAUCUAUAACAAUAAUGGAGAUUGAUAAAUCUGUCAUGUUAAAUGAAUUUUUAUACUUAUGGUACCACAUUAAGACUGGAUUUAAUCUAAUGAUUGAUAAGCACAAAUAUUAUAAAACUGGAAUGUUUGGAAUGGGUGUUCUGGAAUCACUGUAUUGUCUAUGGUAAGCAACCUUCAGUCAGUGUAAAACAAAAUACCAGAAAUUCAAGUAAUGCAGCUAUUUCCAAAUCAAUAAAACAGUUUCACACAGCAAGAAUUACUGGUGUAAUAAAGUGCCAAAUAUAAAGAAUUUUUUUCUGUUCAUUACAUGUAUUUUUUCUCUACCUAAUUUGUUUCCCAGCACUAGACAUUAAGCCAUAGUAAGAAGCCAGGAAAAUAAUAUGUCUAGAGAAGUUGGAGAUCUGGUUUAUGACUGGUUGCAAUGGCUUGAGAAUGGCGAGGUAAUCUGUUCAUUUUUCCCUCAACUCUAUGAAAAAUAUCUAAAAUCUGCUUCCCCCAAACCACAGCUGAUGUUAAUAAUGGGUGGUGAUUGCAGGUUGUUUCUCGAAAUGGAGGCCGGUAACUAGUGGUGUGCUGCAGGGAUUGGUGUUGGGACCCUUGUUGUUCAUUAUUUAUAUAAAUGAUUUGGAUGAGAAGGCUUGAUCACUCAGUUUGUAGAUGACAUGAAAUUAGGAGGUGUUAUUGAUCACGAAGAAGGUUAUCGUAGAUUACAGGGGGAUCUUGAUCAGUUAGCAAAGUGGGUCGAGGAGUGGCAAAUGGAUUUUAAUACAGAUAGGUGUAAGGUGAUGCAUUUUGGAAAGUCAAACCAGCAUAGGACUUAUACUAUGAAUGGCGGGGCACUAGGGACUGUAAUGGAACAGAGGGACCUAUGAGUACAAUUGCAUAGUUCAUUGAAAGUGGCAUCAGAGGUAGACAUGGUGGUGAAAAAGGUGUUUAGCAAGCUGGCCUUCAUCAGUUAUGGCACUGAGUAUAGGAGUUGGGACAUUAUGCUGCAGUUAUAUAAGUCAUUGGUGAGGCCACACUUGGAGUACUGUGUACAGUUUUGGUUACCUUCUUAUAGGAAAGACAUGUUUAAACUGGAAAGAGUGCAGAGAAGAUUUAUGAGUUUGUUGCCAGGACUAGAGGGCCCGAGUUAUAGGGAGAGGUUAGCUGGGCUACGUAUUAAUUCCAUGGAAUGUAGGAGAAUGAGAGAUGACCUUAUAGAGUUCUUAAAAUUAUGAGAGGCAGAGAUAAGGUGGAUGGUAACAGUCUUUUCCCCAGGGUAGGGGAAUCCAAAAGUUUAGGGUAAGAGGGGAAAGAUUUAAAAUGGACCUGGGUGGCAACUCAUUUCAUAUACUCACUACCCUCUAUUCUAUCUAUGCCCCUCAUAAUUAUAGUGACCAUUCACUUUAUCUAUGCCCCUCAUGAUUUUAUAUAUCUCUAUAAGGUCACCCCUCAGCCUCCUAUGCUCCAGGGAAAAAAGCUCCAGUCCAUUGAGUAUCUCCUUAUUAUUCAAGCCCUUCAGUCCCAGUAAUACCUUUGUAUUUUUUUUCCCAUUUACUAGAAAUAUCAGAAGUGCAUAAGCUAGUACUCAAUGACAUUAUCUAUAUACUGCUUGACUUCUGUUUGAUUGAACAUCAAAAUGGAAUAGGGCUAUUACAUAGGAGGAUAAGAUCCUUAGACUUAGUACUAUUUCUUGUGCUGAAAAAAUGAAAAUUACUGACUUUAUUUUUUUGAUUACACAGUUUCUAAUUAAAUAAUAAGUUACUUCUUGAUGGUUGCUUUUGGGUACUGUCAGAAAUUCACAAGGUUCCUGACAAAUAAGGACUUCAACUCAUUGGGAUGGGAUUUAUUAUUAUAGCUGUAAGGCCAGCAGGACACUACAUUUUUUGAGUUGGGGUGGGGUUUGUUUAUCCAGUUAGUGUCUGUAAGUGGCAUUCACCAGCAUCUUCCAGCGUCUUCUAAUAAUUCGUGGACUCAUAAUCUCGCAUCUGACACUAGACCUACAGUAUAUGAGUUCUGCCAACCAGAAGGGACAAUUA